AGGCCCUGACAGAGUAUGAGGCAGCUCUGUGCUGCAUUCCAGAUGAUAUUAACCGUGUUCUUGAGCAACAAUGAACAGAUUUUAACAGAGGUUCCUAUAACACCGGAAACAACCUGUCGAGAUGUUGUUGAGUUUUGCAAGGAACCUGGAGAAAGCGGUUGCCAUUUAGCUGAAGUGUGGAGGGGAAAUGAGCGCCCCAUACCCUUUGACCACAUGAUGUACGAGCACCUGCAGAAGUGGGGGCCUCGCCGGGAAGAAGUGAAGUUUUUUCUUCGACAUGAAGACUCCCCGACUGAGAGCAAUGAACAAGGUGGCCGCCAGACCCAAGAGCAAAGAACUCAGAGAAAUAUAAUAAAUGUACCUGUGGAAAAACGUACUGAAAAUGGGGUUGGGAACCCGCGUGUUGAACUCACCCUCUCAGAGCUCCAGGAUAUGGCAGCUAGGCAACAGCAGCAGAUUGAAAAUCAACAGCAGAUACUGGUGGCCAAGGAACAGCGUUUACACUUUCUAAAGCAACAGGAGCGCCGCCAGCAGCAGUCUAUUUCAGAAAAUGAGAAGCUUCAGAAGUUGAAAGAACGAGUUGAAGCCCAAGAAAACAAGCUGAAGAAAAUUCGUGCCAUGAGAGGACAAGUUGAUUACAGCAAAAUUAUGAAUGGCAAUCUGUCUGCUGAAAUAGAAAGAUUCAGUGCCAUGUUCCAGGAGAAGAAGCAGGAAGUACAGACUGCAAUUUUAAGAGUUGAUCAGCUUAGUCAGCAAUUGGAAGAUUUAAAGAAAGGAAAACUGAAUGGAUUCCAGUCUUACAAUGGCAAGCUGACAGGGCCGGCCGCAGUGGAGCUGAAGAGACUCUACCAGGAGCUACAGAUUCGUAACCAGCUUAAUCAGGAGCAGAACUCGAAACUGCAGCAGCAGAAGGAGCUCUUGAAUAAGCGCAACAUGGAGGUGGCCAUGAUGGACAAGCGCAUCAGCGAACUGCGCGAGCGUCUUUAUGGCAAGAAGAUUCAGCUAACCCGUGUGAAUGGCACGUCGUCACCACAGUCCCCCCUGAGCACAUCCGGCAGGGUCGCUGCUGUGGGGCCUUACAUCCAAGUGCCCAGCACUGGAAGCUACCCUGUCCCAGGGGACCCUGUGAAGCCCCAGUCUCUCACAGUUGCCUCAGGUGCUGCCCAUGGGAGAUCUAAAUCUGUUAUGUCUCACACAGAUGGCCACAGCAGACCCAGAGUGACCAGCAUGUGGACGGUGUCAGACCUGGAUGUCAGGCCCGACUGCGGCCCCUCAUGGCAAUCUGCCACCCUCCUUGUAAACCCUAAUGAUGGCAACUGGCCAACACUGAAGCCGAGUCCCGGCUCUUCGGGAAAGCCAGCACAGAUGGCCAGCACGGACUGGAAGGAGCCGGGCAUGGAGGGAGCACUGAAGCAGGGUGCCAUCUCAAGCCAACCUCUGCCCCUGUCAGCCCUGGGAACUACAGAGAAGCUGGGCAUCGAGAUUGGCAAAGGGCCACCUCCCAUCCCUGGCAUAGGGAAACCACUGCCUCCAAGCUAUGGGACAUACCCAAGCCCCACACCUCUGGGCCCAGGCUCCACAAGCUCCCUGGAGAGGAGGAAAGAGGGCAACCUGCCCAGGCCUGGAGCCAGCCUGCCAAGUCGGCAGAAACCCGCCCCGCUGCCCCCAGCAGCCAGCGCCCCCCAGCCUGGCUCCUCGCAACAGAUUCAGCAGAGGAUUUCUGUGCCACCGAGUCCCACGUACCCACCAGCAGGGCCACCUGCGUUUCCAGCUGGAGAUGGCAAACCUGAACUCCCUCUGACAGUGGCUAUUAGACCCUUUCUGGCUGAUAAAGGGUCAAGGCCACAGUCUCCCAGGAAAGGACCCCAGACAGUAAAUUCAAGUUCCAUAUACUCCAUGUACCUCCAACAAGCCACGCCACCUAAGAACUACCAGCCAGCGAUGCACAGCACCUUAAACAAGUCAGUGAAAGCAGUGUAUGGCAAGCCUGUCCUACCGUCAGGGUCGACGUCCCCAUCGCCCUUACCAUUUCUUCACGGGCCCCCGCAGCCCCAGCCGACUCCAGAGUGUGCAGAGAAGGAGCCCGAGCCCGAGGGCCCUGCCGCACCUGGGGAGGGCAGCACAGUGGAGAGCCUGCCCAGGCCGCUAAGCCCCACCAAGCUCACCCCCAUCGUGCACUCACCGCUGCGCUACCAGAGUGACGCAGACCUGGAGGCCCUGCGCAGGAAGCUGGCCAACGCACCCCGGCCGCUCAAGAAGCGCAGCUCCAUCACAGAGCCCGAGGGCCCCGGUGGGCCCAACAUCCAGAAGCUGCUGUACCAGCGCUUCAACACACUGGCAGGGAGCAUGGAGGGCACACCCUUCUACCAACCCAGCCCCUCCCAGGACUUCGUGGGCACCUUGGCUGACGUGGACAAUGGAAAUACCAAUGCCAAUGGCAACCUGGAUGAGUCCACACCUGCCCAGCCCACAGCCCCCCUGCCCAACGAGCCUGCCCCUUCCUCAGAUGCCAAUGACAAUGAGUUGCCUUCCCCAGACCCAGAGGAACUCAUUUGCCCGCAGACGACACGCCAGACUGUGGAGCCUACGGAGGAUGCUAACAACAAUGUAGCCACGGUGCCCUGCACCGAGCAGAUAGCCAGCCCGCUGGCCGAGGCUCCGUCUCCAGCAGAAGAGCAAGCCCCUCCAGCAGCUCUGCCCCCUGUCCUGCACCCUCCAGCAGCCUCUGCGAGCAAGCGAACUAACCUGAAGAAGCCCAACUCAGAGCGGACUGGGCACGGGCUGAGAGUGCGCUUCAACCCCCUGGCGCUGCUUCUGGAUGCUUCCUUGGAAGGCGAGUUUGACCUGGUGCAGAGGAUCAUCUAUGAGGUGGAGGACCCCAGCAAGCCCAACGACGAGGGCAUCACCCCGCUGCACAACGCUGUCUGUGCUGGCCACCAUCACAUCGUGAAGUUCCUGCUGGACUUUGGCGUCAACGUGAAUGCUGCUGACAGCGAUGGAUGGACCCCCCUGCACUGCGCCGCCUCCUGCAACAGCGUCCACCUCUGCAAACAGCUGGUGGAGAGCGGCGCGGCCAUCUUCGCCUCGACCAUCAGUGACAUCGAGACUGCUGCGGACAAGUGUGAGGAGAUGGAAGAAGGCUACAUCCAGUGCUCUCAGUUUCUGUACGGGGUGCAGGAGAAGCUGGGAGUGAUGAACAAAGGCGUGGUGUAUGCCCUGUGGGACUAUGAGGCCCAGAACAGCGACGAGCUGACCUUCCAUGAAGGCGACGCCAUCACCGUCCUGAGGCGCAAGGACGAAAGCGAGACUGAGUGGUGGUGGGCUCGCCUCGGGGACCGGGAGGGCUACGUGCCCAAAAACCUGCUGGGGUUGUACCCACGGAUCAAGCCCCGUCAACGAACACUGGCCUGAACUUCUGCACGGAGCACCAUGGUCUGUCUCUCCAGGACCCCGGAGCUGCUAGAGGAGACUCUGCUGUCUCCGGGAAGCUGUGGCUGGGGUGGCCUCAUGGUGCUCACUUCGGCAGACAGCAUCCACAAUGUGAAUCCCUGCCCUUUCUCCAGCCUGACUGUAAUGGGGAGAGAUACUUUUGCCUCCAAGGCUGAAUUUUGCCAAUUACUAUAACCCAAAUAAAUACUCAGCUUUCAGAGCCCCACCCCUGCCGCCAGUAAGAAGCCCUGUUGUCGUCCGCUGGUUGGCUGUGGAACCGCCCUGCCCUGCUCACCCUCUCCACCAUUCCUCCCCUCACUACCAGAAAGCCGGAAACUGCCUGAUGCCUGUGUCCCGGAGGCCCCCACAGGACCUGGGCGUUCUGCUUCCUGCUGGCCCUAAGCCAGUCUCCCUUGCCCCAGUCCACAUGAUCCCCUGCUUCCUAAGCCUCUGGCUAUACAGCCUGAGUUCGCUCCCACGGGUUGCUGAAGCCCUGGGGUCUGGCGCUGGGGUGGUCAGGGCCGGGCCUGCGGGACAUGGUAACUGUGUCCCAGUCUGCAUGCCAUGCGAGGCAGGCACCACCCAAGCCUGUACCGUGGACAGUCCUUCUGUCCACCAAGAUGACUUCCACCUAGACCAUUCAACUACCAGAGCUGUUGGAAGUGUUUUUUCCUCAUUAAAACACAGGCCCAGGCUUUCCUUCUCGUA